AUGGCAGUUAAUAGUUAUUCUUCAGCUCAAAUCUCACUUCAGAAAUAUGGUUUAUUUCUGAAAUAUGCAAACAAAGAAUUCAAUUCCAAAUCUUGCUCUGUCCCACAGAAAAAGGCACCAGUUGGUCCAGUAGCAUUGAGAAUCACAGGAUCCAUCAAGAACAAGAUUUAUGAGGACAAAUCUCAGGGCAUGAUUUGCUAUGAAGAUGAGAGUGGAGAGAUAAUUUGUGAAGGGUACGAUGAAGGGCCUCGAUAUCAACGAAUUCCAAGGCCAACCCAUCACACAAGGGAUGUCGAAAUCAUGAAUCUUCUGCAACAACAAAGUUGGCUUCAGAUUGUUAAAGGGGAAGAAAUCAAUCAUUUAGCUAAAGGAGUUCUUCGUCUACAAGAGGAUUUAAACUAA